ACUUUACCGCGACGGUCGCAGCCGGUAGACCCUUCACCGGUUGAUUUUGUUGUGGGUGACACUUACCCCCCGUCCUUCAGCAGGAAAAUGUACUACAAAUUCAGCGGAAUUACCCAGAAAUUGACGGGGUCUGCUCCCACGGCUGCCUACAACCCUCAGGGGCUGAGGCCAGUCGUGCCAGCAGAGUCCCCAACCAUGAUCUUUGCCUCACCCACCAAGGUGGUGUCAGAAGCCGGGUCCACACCGGAGUACUUGGGAGCAAACAGGGUUCCUGACCUCCAGAAGCUGUUCCAGUCGUCAGAGGGCGUCCCCAUUCACCUGAAGCGUGGAGUUCCUGACAGACUCCUGUACCGCACCACUAUGGCUCUCACUGUAGGAGGCGCUCUCUACUGUAUGGUGGCUCUUUACAUCGCAGCCCAGCCCGCCAACAAGUGACCGACACCAACGCAGGAUCUUUUCUGGAACAACCUCUGACACAUUGCUGCUGUAAUUGAUCGACCCAACAUUCCCACUGCCCUCGCCACGCCACCUGUUGGGACUCUUAGAUGACAAUUAAUUUCUGUCCGACCAUCACGCCAAUCAUAACAAUAAUAAUGUUUGUUUUUCUUGUCAAAAAGAUGUCUAAGUUAAUAAAUUUUAAGGGGAAACGAAGGUAAAACAUG